UGCGUUUCCGGCUCUUGGAGUGUCCGCGUGAUUUUGAGCGAGUGCUUCUGAGUGGUCUGCUGUAGGGAGCUGGCGAAGUCUGGGGAGUCGUCCUGGGGAUCGGGGUGCCUCGGCGGACCCUCGGUGCCCCGCGGAGGUUUUGCUCCUCUGUAAGUCGCUCACCUACCCACCGCUGUCAGUCCCUGGAGCAAUCUGCUCUUCUCCAAGGCCAAGGACAGAAUUCUGUUUUAGUGAUUUGAGAAUGGCCGGGUAUUCGUCUCUCUCCGCACUAUACGCUCUACUCCUUUUGUGCCCAUCGUGUCACGUUAUGCUUAAGAGAGCCCGCUGAAGUGACAUUAUUUCCAGACCCAGAGCAGAAUCACUGCUAUUCUUUAGCUCCAGACUACUGACUCCCGUCCAAAAGUGCACUUGCAUGAAACCAUGGCUGGUUAUAAACCUGUAGUGAUUCAGACAUAUCCUGUACUUGGUGAGAAAAUCACCCAAGACACUCUGUACUGGAACAACUAUAAGACCCCUGUUCAGAUUAAGGAAUUUGGUGCAGUGUCCAAAGUAGACUUUUCUCCUCAGCCUCCAUAUAACUAUGCCGUCACAGCUUCUUCAAGGAUCCACAUUUAUGGCCGGUACUCUCAAGAGCCUGUAAAAACCUUUUCCCGCUUUAAGGACACAGCAUACUGUGCUACUUUUCGUCAGGAUGGUCAGUUGCUUGUCGCUGGCAGUGAAGAUGGCGUGGUUCAACUUUUUGAUAUUAGUGGGAGGGCUCCCCUCAGGCAAUUUGAAGGCCACACAAAAGCGGUUCAUACAGUAGAUUUUACAGCUGACAAAUAUCACGUGGUCUCUGGAGCCGAUGACUAUACUGUUAAAUUAUGGGAUAUUCCAAACUCCAAAGAAAUUCUGACAUUCAAAGAACAUUCUGACUAUGUGAGGUGUGGCUGUGCUAGCAAACUGAACCCAGACCUUUUUGUAACAGGAUCAUAUGAUCAUACCGUGAAGAUGUUUGAUGCCCGGACAAAUAAAAAUGUUCUCUGUGUGGAGCAUGGGCAGCCUGUGGAGAGUGUCCUCCUUUUCCCCUCUGGAGGGCUUCUGGUGUCUGCAGGAGGCCGCUACGUUAAAGUCUGGGACAUGUUAAAAGGCGGGCAGCUGCUUGUUUCUUUGAAAAAUCAUCACAAGACGGUGACGUGUUUAUGUCUGAGCAGCUCUGGACAGAGGUUACUUUCCGGCUCACUGGACAGGAAAGUCAAAAUCUACAGCACCACUUCCUACAAAGUCGUCCACAGCUUUGACUAUGCAGCCUCAAUCUUGAGUCUGGCGCUUUCUCAUCAAGAUGAGACGGUUGUUGUAGGAAUGACCAAUGGAAUACUGAGCGUUAAACACCGGAAGUCUGAAGCAAAGAAGGAGUCUCUUCCCAGGAGAAGGAGGCCUGCAUAUCGAACCUUUAUUAAAGGAAAAAUUUACACGAAGCAACGGGAUGACAUUGUGGUCACUAGGCCAGCGAAGAAGCACCUAGAGUGGUAUGACAGGGAUCUGAAAAGUUUUCGGAUCUCAAAGGCCCUCGACAGAGUCCUCGAGCCUAACUGUGUGAUAAAGACCCCUGAGGUUACAGUUUCCAUCAUAAAGGAACUGAAUCGGAGAGGCGUCCUUGCCAACGCUCUUGCAGGUCGGGACGAGAAGGAGAUUACCCGGGUCCUUAACUUUUUGAUAAGGAAUCUGUCUCAGCCAAGAUUUGCCCCCGUUUUGAUUAACGCUGCUGAAAUAAUCAUUGAUAUAUAUUUACCUGUAAUUGGCCAGUCAUCAGUAGUCGAUAAAAAGUUUAUAGUACUUCAAGGACUCGUAGAAAAAGAAAUCGAUUACCAAAGAGAACUCCUAGAAACCUUGGGGAUGAUGGACAUGCUGUUUGCUACCAUGACACGGAAUGGCAGCGCCCCUGUGUGGGAGCACGUGCCUGCUGAACUCCCAGAGGAGAAGACAGAGUCACCGAGGCAGCCCAGUGACACAGACAAGAACUCCUAACGGGAAUUGUGUGACUGAAUUACCAGGAAGAGGGCGGCUUCAGUACAUUCAAAAGGAUGAUUGACAGAAGUUUGAUGGAAGAGACUGGAUUAACUAAAAUUGGGGCAUAAGUAUCUGUUUCAAGAUGUGGUUUUCCAUGUAUUGAUUUCUCUUAUUUUGUAUCGAAGACCUUAGUUGUCUCGGUCACAGUGUCUGUUGACCUUGGAUGAAUUGAUACUGACCUUAAUGGAGCCAAAACCUCAGUUGCUGUGGGGCCUUGUGGCCCUCUGGAGAGGUUUCCAAGCGGAGUCCUGCCAAGAGAACAACCUUGGUUUUGUGCUUUCUGCUUUUAGCCUGGGAAAUAUCAAGAACAGCAAUAAGGAAACAUCCUUCUCUGUCCUCCCUGCCCCGGGGAGCCUCGCCCUACCCGCUUGCUGGUGUCUUCGAAGUGUUGAGUCAAGUGCUUUCAUCAGCUGCUUGUGGGACUGUCUUGUAAGUGUGGCACAACACUGGAUAUUGCCCCUGGAAGUGUGUUUAGGGUGUGAUGAGUCUGUUUUGUCACCCCCAAAUUGUGCCCAUCACCAGUGUUUUCUUUAGCCUGGCCUAUCCAGAGAGAACUGACUGAACCAGUUCCCGCCCCUCAGCCUGCUGCCUCCCUUCCGUCUUCACGGUGCUUCAGCUGUCCUCUCCUCUAUUGUGAAGGCCUUUUAGCUUGCACCUGUGUCUUAGAGUGUAUCUGUAUGUGUAACCCUUUGUAACAAUUCUCUUUCUCUGCUUAACACUUCUUCUCUGUUCUUCAUUUUGUAGGUCAGAUCAAACAGCAGCCAGUUUGUUUUGAAAAUUUGUUUUUGAAAGUUCAUUGUAAAUUAUAUUUUUUUAUAAAGACAUUCUGCUCUUCUUGACUUUCUGGGGUGUAUCAAUUCCUGGUGGACAGUCAGUGGUGUUGACCAGUAUCCUGACUGGAUAGCCGUCCCUUCCCUGCCUUCCUUCAGUGCCCCACUUAGGUUAAUAACGUAUCUGGUCAUGGCAUCUUGAGCUGAAGCAAUCCUUAGGGAAAGAUUUGUAAUAAUUUUGCUGCAUAAUCUCAGUUUUGUAAUUUUAGGGUCCCUGUCCCCCCGUUUGUUUUUUAGAAUUUCUCUUUAUAGGUUUGGCUGUCUUGGAAGUCGCUCUGUGACCAAGUUGGCUUUGAACUCAGAGAUCCGUCUGCCUUUACCUCCCAAGCACAAGAAUUAAAGGUGUGUGCCACCACCCGACUGAAUUUAGGCUUUCUUAAAGCAAAAAGGGGAUACAUUUAAAAUGUUCUGGUGUGGACACACGCUCAACAAUAAGGGGUACAAUGUCCUUUAGUGGGCUGAAGCGGUUCCGAGAUACGGUGGCUUGUGAGGAGCCUGAGUUUGCUUCUUUGAGCAGUUCCAACAUUAGUCAAAACGAGAGGCUGUGCUUUUAGUUGAAAAGGCUGAUUUACUUAAGUGAAUCCUUUUAAAUAACUCAUCCGGUGUGCGGAGAGUUUGCACGAGCAGUUGUGAGUCUCCUGUGGUCCUGUGCAGCAGUUCUUGGUCCUCAUUCUGGCCACAGCUAUCCAAGGGUUGAAUCGUUCUCUCAGAACAUUGAAUUUAGUCAUUCCAUCCCCAAGCUACUGCCCUGGGCGGGCCUGUGAGAGCCCUAACUACUCAUUCCCUUUGUCAGACUUGAGAGUGCUAUGCUCCUGUAAAAUUUAUAGCAAUUACAAAUCCUUAUGUAACCCUGGCUGUCCUGGAACUCACUAUGUAGACCAGGCUGGCUUCGAACUAACAGAGAUCCACCUGCCUCUGAGCCUUCCAGGUGCUGGGAGUUAAAGGUGUGUACCACCACAGCUCAGGGCUUGUUUUUAUAUUCAUUGAAACUUACUUGCUGUGUGAAGUGUUUUAACAUAAUGACAUAUUUCACUAUGUAACGUUGGCCUUAAGAGUCAAAUGCCUAAUCAAUUUUUAGACCUGUGGUUUUAAGUUGGGAAGUAUUUUCUAUUUUACUAUUGAUGCAGAAAUAAUGAAUUGUUGCUGAGAACUUAGUCAUUUAUGUUUAAUUUAUUAUGUUAAUUCAGAUUUCAACAUAUGGAAAGGGUUGCUUGUUUCCAGUCAGAUUUCCUACAUGUCUGUGCUAUUAACUUGCUGAAACAACUGAUGUCAAAUGGGGCCAUUAGAAACUCUGUUGAUUGAACGGAAAUGAAUUCUGUUAAAUGCUAAUUAAAGUCUCCCUUGAACAUGA